AUGUUAAUCCAUACCAUCGCGGUCCUCUGCACCAGUGCAGUUGGCACUGUGGCAAAGCAGCUAUGGUCAACCGAGCCUGCUGAUGUGUCGCACGUGGAGAUGACAGCAUAUCCCUUGGCCAUGCCGUUGGGCGUCGCAGGAGAGGAUGUCGUGUUCCUCAAUCAUGACAGUCUAUGGUCAGGCGGCCCAUUUGCAAACAAGGAUUACGUCGGUGGAAACCCCGAAUCUUCACUUGCGAAACAUCUCCCGGGGAUUCGAGAUGCUAUAUUCAAGGAUGGGACUGGAGGCAAUACUGCUAAUUACGGAUCAUAUGAGAUGUUGGGCAACCUCACUGUCAGUAUUGCCGGCACUGGGAAGAUCACGUCCUAUAGGCGCACCCUGGAUCUUGAUACCGCUAUUCACGAGGUUAAGUACAAAUUGAACGGAGUGGACUUCACAACGAUCCAAUUCUGCUCAUACCCAGCAAAGGUCUGCGUCUACUAUAUCGAAUCUUCCAAGGCAUUGCCGGAUGUGACGGUCGGGCUUCAAGAUCAUGCUCGAACAACACCGAGCUCCAAGGCUUCCUGCUCCUCGGACGGUGUUCGUCUCCAUGGCCAGACAACGGCUGAUUCUGGUCAGGGGGACAUUGGUAUGCUAUUUGAUGCGCAUGUUAAAGCUGUUACGUCCUCGUCGAUUUCCUGUGACCCGUCAAACGAGAUUGUGGUCCACGGAAAAACUGAGAAAUCGCUCCUGCUUCUUCUCAGCACAGGUACCAACUAUGACGCGACAAAGGGCAACAGCGCCAACAAAUACUCUUUCAAGGGAUCGGAUCAGUACCCCAGCAUCCUGUCAACUGUCCAGGCAGCGUCCAAAAAGUCCUAUGAGACUCUCCGCAAUGAUCACAUAACCGACCACCAGUCAUCCAUGCAUAAGUUCACGUUGAACCUUCCAGACCCGAAGAAUUCUGCCGAGGUUGAGACAACUAAAUUGAUAAACGAUUAUUCUACCUCGGAAGGAGAUCCAUUCGUCGAAUCUUUGAUAAUAGACUAUGCAAAGAACCAUUGGCACACCGAAAUGAUGGGCUUAGGGGACCUACUGAGCCCCCUGUGGGAUCACAUGAAGAACACUUGGGUACCACGAGGCACCGAGAGCGCGAAGCUCUUUUACGGGACCGAUGGCUGGGUGUCGCACACCAACAUAAAUAUAUUUGGGCAUACAGCGCAAGAGAACGAUGCUUCUUGGUCGAACUACCCAGUAUCCAAUGCCUGGAUGAUGAAGCACGUGUGGGACCGGUAUGACUAUUCCCGAGACCUUGAGUGGUACCGGUCUUCGGGAUAUCCGAUGAUCAAGGGAGUGGCCCAAUACUGGCUCUCAAUGCUAGUACCAGAUGAACAUUUCAAAGAUGGAUCUUUGGUUGCUGUUCCUUGCAACUCACCAGAGCAUGGUCCCACCACAUUUGCCUGUGCGCAUUGGCAGCAACUUAUUUGGGAACUUUUCGAUCACAUCAUUCGGGAUUGGGAGGCUUCUGGAGAUAAAGACGAGUCUUUCCUCCAGAGCGUGAAGAAGGCAUAUCACAGUAUGGACAACGGGGUUCACGUGGGCUUAAGGGGUCAGAUUAAAGAAUGGAAGCUCGAAGCGGACCAAAAGAACGAUAAUCACCGUCAUCUAUCGGAGCUUUACGGGUGGUACCCGGGAUACGCUAUUUCCGGCGUGCACGGCAAUAACAAAACAAUCACAGAUGCCGUCAUUGUGUCGCUCAAGUCCCGCGGUGACGGAAAAGCAGAUGCCAACACCGGAUGGGGGAAAGUAUGGCGUUCUGCCUGUUGGGCAGCGCUAAACAAUACAGAUCAGGCUUACAAACAGCUUAAGUUCAGCAUUGACCUGAACUUUGCGCCGAAUGGAUUGUGCGGUACCCCGUCAGGCGCAUCGGACUACAACGACCUCUCGACACCUUUCCAGAUCGAUGCUAACUUUGGCAUUGCUGGGGCUGCACUCGCAAUGCUAGUGACAGAUCUACCACAGGCAUUUGGUGAUACCAGUACCCACAAAGUUAUUUUGGGUCCUGCCAUCCCAAGUGCGUGGGGAGGAGGUUCGGUUAAGGGGCUGAAGCUUCGUGGGGGUGGAAGUGUGGCUUUCAAAUGGGAUGGCAAAGGUAAAGUUACUGAAGCGACCCUAGACGGACGCUCGCUACCUUUGGUGGUUUACGAUCGGGAUGGCCAUGUCUUGACAAGGCAUUAG